AUGAUUUUAUCAAGAAAAAUGGUCGACGUUUUACGAAAAUCUUUUGCCAACAACAAUGAUCAUCAUUUGGAACAUCUUGUUUUUGUUUAUGGAACAUUGAAAAAAAAUCAACCAAAUCAUUCGGUAUUAUUUGAUCGAAAAAAUGGUCAAGCAAAAUUUGUUUGCAUUGGACAAACUGUCGAUCGUUGGCCAUUAGUGAUUGCAUCCAAAUAUAAUAUACCAUAUCUUUUAUAUAAAUCCAAUACUGGUCAUAAAAUUAAAGGCGAAAUCUAUGAAAUCGAUAACGAAAUGUUGAAAUUUCUUGAUGAAUUUGAAGGUCAUCCUCAAUAUUAUACACGACGACAGAUAUCGAUAUCAACCAAUAUCACUGACAAUGACGAUAAUCAUCAACAAAUUAUAAAACCAUGGGCCUAUUUUCUUGAUAAAUUCCGAUCCGAAAUGCUUCAAUUACCAAUGUAUGAUGAUUAUAAUAGUUAUGGUGAUCAUAAUCUUCGUUAUGUUGAAAGGUGUGAUCGUCAAUCAGGUCCAAAUUUAAAUUGUGGACAUACUGAAAAAUCUGAAGUUAUCAUUGAUUAACUAACUGCUUUUUGUUGAUUUUCUUUUUUUUCAGUGAACAAACCCAAAGUAUGGACGAUAUUUGAUUUGAUUAAAAUUAUUUGUGUUGAUGU